CCUGUGGAGCCAUGUCAUGAACUAUCGAUGAGUAAACACUCUCUAUUUCCAAAUUGGCUGAGAGGUCUGUUCGAGUUUCUCAACAUCAAACGUUUUAAGGAUUAGCAGAUCAGACCAUCAUCAUCGUUUCGCUCCGGAACCAGCAUGAUUUUGUUUCGUGUUGUAUUUGUGCUCCUAGGAAUUUGUGGCUGCGUUUCGACUUGGAACGAUGACCAACAAGUUCUGCACAGAGUUAAGAGAAUCAUCGGAGGGGAAGGCUUCAGGAACGGCAAAUGGCCAUGGCUGGUGUCACUGCAGGGGAAAGUGCCCAAGACUACCUUCCUAGGUAUAACGUUUUCAUAUACGACUCAUGAUUGUGGAGCGGCGGUGCUGAGUAACCGCUGGAUCAUUACUGCAGCUCACUGCUUUGGCAAGCGAGGAACCAAGAACCAGAACCCACGAUAUUGGGAAGCAAGACUGGGAGCGGUCACCCGCAGGCCGAGCCUAGCUAACUACUUCAUGCAUGUCAUCGGCAAGAUCCUCAAGAAGAAAGAAUGGCAACAGUGGAACAUAGACGCCGAGAAGAUCAUCAUCCAUCCCCGCUAUGAUGAAACAGACACAUGGAGUAACGACUUGGCUCUCGUGAAGCUGAAGAAGAAAGUGCCAGCGGGUCGCGCUACGGUAGAGAAAAUACAAACCAUCCAACUCCCACAACAAGGAGAGGGAUUCCCUGGUGACGGGACCCAGUGUGUCAUGGCUGGCUGGGGAUGCAGUUCAGGAGGUGGUAAAGUGUCCUCCCAGGCCCACGAGGUGAUCUUACCUAUAGUAAGCAACAGGACCUGUCGCGCCAUCUACGUCGUAUCAACAGACACAAGAAUCUGUGCUGGACACAACCUGAAGGGGAAAGGCAUAUGUCCGGGAGACAGCGGUGGACCCCUGAUGUGCCCAAGAGGAAACAACCAGUGGACGCUGUCUGGAGUCGCCUCUUUCACUAGCAAGAGUAAUCCACAGGACUACCCAGGAGCAUUCACAAGGGUAACCGCAUAUGUCAACUGGAUAAACCACAUCAUGCGGUACAACUAGGUUGAACACAUGAAAACCUUUCGCGCUCAUAGCACUGCAGGUAUAACGUGUUCGAGCAAGUACUAAAGGGCAAACUGAUGACCGUUCUUACAUUAGCCAUGGUAUGUGCAUCGGCUAAAAUCUAAUAUGUUUAUCAUCAGUACUGUAUAGAAAGGUAGACUGUCUAUUCUAACUUGUUUUGAGACGCAAGGUCGAAAAAAGCAUUAUUCGUGAUUACUCACUAACUAUAAUGGGCUCAGAACAGAACUAACUAUUCACAUUAAUAAUAUUCAAUCGGGUUUCGAUAGUGUCGCGGAGACGACCAACUUCUUCGAGUUAUCCUGUCUACACGCGAACACACUGCGACAUCUAUCUUUAAUAUGAUAAAACAUUUCUUUCUUCUGUAAAUUUUGUUAUUUUGAAUUGAGGCUCAGGCCUACGGGGCCUUAAUAAAUCGCUUCACCGCGA